AUGACCGGCUACGACAACGCAACCACCAUUUUUUCACCGGAUGGGCACCUCCGGCAGGUGCGCAACGCCUCCGAGGCUGCGCGCAAAGGCAGUUCUGUAGUCGCGCUCACCGGCGAAGGCUGCAUCGUCAUCGUCUCCGAAAAGCGACUGAAGAACCAACUGCAGAAUGCUGCCACUAAUAAGAAGAUUAAGGAGGUAAACAAGUCCGUGGUCGCAGUUUUUGCCGGGCUCUCGGCCGACGGCGUCGCACUUGUUAACUUGGUGCGAGACGACGCAGCAUACCACCUCGCCACCAGUGAUGUCGAGGCCGAUGCAAAAUUCGUCGCUGAACGCGUCGCGUCAACGCUUCAGCGCUACACCAUCAAAGGCCGCGUCCGUCCUUUCGGCAUCAUUGCCAUCAUCGCGGGCUUCGACUUCCAAGGUAUUCCGCACGUUUACAAGUGCGAAACGCACGGCAUCUACUCCGGUUGGGACGCAGCCGCACUCGGCGCCAACGAAGAAACCAUUCAAAAAUACUUGGUGGAAAACUAUAAGAAAAACCAGCCGGUUGCCGAGUGCGUCAAAAUUGGACUGAACGCCGCGAGCAAAGUCAUCGAUUGCUCCCCGGAUUUCAUAGACGUGCUCAUUAUCACGCACGACGCAGCAAAGAAAGCAAACGUACUCAAAUAUUUGACUCCCGAGGAGCUUAAAGCUUACUCGGUGAGCGACACGACUUCCACGUAG